UUGCGUUUGUGGUUUAACACUCUCCUCUUUCCCAAAAUGCUGUGUAUACCAGCGAAAAGUUUUCUUCAAUAUCUCGUCGCGUCCAGCCAAGAUGGAGUUGUCUCAGCUCCUGGCAUCUCUUGCCUGUAUCGCCGUGUCCUAUGGAGUUGUUCAAUUGGCUAAUGAAUGGCGAAGGGUGAGAAGAGUCAAGAUGCGGACCGUCGAUUUGCCCGUCUUAAACUUGACUGGAAAUGAUUACGCAGGUGCUGAAAGGGCGUACACCGAAAAUCUAGGAGGGCUUCUGCGAGAGGGUUAUGAGAAGUACAAGCACGGUUUUUACCAGCUGUUCAGCCCUACCGGAUUCCUCGUCAUUGCUUCUGCGGACUACGUCCAAGAAAUAAGCCAGCUUCCCGAAGGAACACUUGAUUUCCACGGAGCUACCCAGAGGCGGAUGAUUGGUGAUUACAACUGGCUACAAGUUGGCGAUACUUUGCUAGCCCAUACCAUUCUCACCGACGUGGUUCGACAAUUAGGAAAUCUACUUCCUGUCCUCCAAGAGGAAAUAGAAUAUUGCUUUCAAAAUGUGCUGCCCCCUUGCCAAGCGACCUGGACACCUGGAAAUAUUCAGAAACUAGCACCUAGGCUAAUUGCCAUCAUCAUGGGUCGCGUGUUUGUUGGACCUGACCUUAAUCGCAAUAAAGAAUGGGUCGACAACGUCAUUCAGUUUGUAGAUGAUGUUUUUGCAGCUGGGUGGAAAAUCAAAGCCUACAGUCACUUCGCCAGGCCGUUCGCUGCCCGUUUCCUAGUUGCCGAAACCCGCCGAGUUCAAAACCAAAAAGCCAUGGCAAGACGCCUGUUGGUGCCUAUCUUACGAGACCGUUUGGCAUCCCUUAAUGAGCCCGGCGCUGAGAAGCAUCUUGACCUCCUUCAAUGGCUGGUCGUUAACAAUGCUAAAUCACCUCAUCCUAAAACACUCGAAAACUUAGCAGAACUCGCCCUGGUAGCUUACGUCGGGUCCACGCAUACAGCUGCAACGACACUGACAAACAUCCUCCUCGACAUAGCAGCCAGACCUAACGACUUAGAGGUGCUUCGAAAUGAGAUCAGCACAAUCAACCUAGAAGCGACUGGAUUAGACUUGAAGCAGAGCUUUUAUAUCAACCACACAAGCAAGCUUGACAGUUACAUGAAGGAGUCUCAGCGUCUUAACCCUGCUUUCCUUAUGACAUUCAGCCGCAUCGUCCGCAAGACUUUUACACUCUCUAACGGGUUGACCUUCCCUGCGGGAACGCACUUUAUAGUCCCGGCAAGUAGAAUUUCACUUGACCCGGAGGUAUGGGAGAAUCCGCAAGAAUUCGAUGGAUUCCGCUUCUCGGAUCUCCGGGCCAAGACGCCCGAGAACAUACACAAAUAUCAGUUUACAGGAACCUCGCCCCAGGCUAUGCAUUUUGGAUACGGCCGUAAUGCCUGUCCAGGAAGAUUCUUCGCAAGCACUACCAUUAAGGUAUUUGUCGCACAUCUCCUGACUAACUAUGAUAUCAAACUCUCCACCAAGGAAAGGCCACCAAAUGAUGCGACAGGGUCUCAGAAUUCAGUUCCGCAAGAUGCAGAAAUCUUGUUCAGGUCACGGCAAUGAAGUCAACGUUUAUAUUAUAAGUAGUAGUAGCAUGCGGUUAUAACAGGUCUGGAUUAUGGUUUGAUUAUAAUUUAAUGUCCUUAACUAUUUAUUAGUAGUGCGUACUACCUAUAAUAGAGCUGUGAUACAAAAGAAU